GAGCUGUGCAUUGCAGCAGCGCUAAACGAGCACGCCGUGCAUCAUCCGUGCCGCAGCAGGUGUUUUUGAGGACCUGUGAUAGCGCAUCUCUCGACGCGAAGCUUUCUCGACGCCGCCGCUGCGCCACCUAGGCAGAGACAACCCUCGCUGUGCCAGAGAGCAGUGCGUCGACAGCCACACGCCGCAGAAAGAUGCUGCGCCUCCUCGCCCUCACCCUCAUCACAACGACACUAGCCGAGCGCCAACAGGUCGGCGACGACGGCCAGGCGAAGCGCCUCUUCGAGUCCAUGUUCCCAAGGGAGUGGGUCUUCGACCAGCAGUUCGAGGGCCGAGGCAAGGGAAGAAAAAAUGGUAGUGUGAGAGUGAAGCUCGACAAGUCGCGCAUCGCGACGUUCCGCGGCGGCCUCAAAGGGAUUUGGAAUUUGAAGGAAACGAAGAAGCCGAACUUUUUAGAGUUGGAACUACCGUUGAACAAGGCCGACGACAAGUACCUGCUCUACCAAGUGAAUUGCCGACCGGGCAAGUAUUUUGACAAUGCCGUCAACUUCGACGAGGAAGGUGUCAUUUAUGAGGUGUCUUCAUUUGUACCUUCACCGGAGACGAUGAAGCCCGUCGGCAAGUUCUCGGUGCGUCCCAUUGCGGCCAAGCCCAUGUUGGAUAGGUCGCUUAGAUGUUAAC